UCUUUGUUCAUCCACACUACCCCUUCUUUUAAUGCCUUGAAAUGGCCGCUGUUCUUGUGUUUCUACUCCUCUCUGCAUUUUUCUCGGUGGCAUCAGCUCAACUAAAAUCAUCUGAUAUAAUCCUUGGUUCCUCUCUUUCCCCGGCCACCAACUCAUCAUGGCUCUCCCCUUCGGGCAUUUUCGCUUUUGGGUUUUACCCACUGGGCGAGGGCUUUGCUGUUGGAAUCUGGUUUGCAAGAAUUCCAGAGAAGACAGUCGUUUGGAGAGCCAACAGAGAUGAUCCCCCGGUGCCAAGAAAUGCUACGUUGCUCUUGACCAGUGACGGUAGGCUCACCUUGCAAAAAACACAAGGCCAAAUCAAGACCAUCGCUGAAGCUUCCCAAUCCGCUUCUUCGGCUUCCAUGCUUGAUUCUGGCAACUUCGUUCUCUAUAGUUCUAAUCGGAGCGUCAUAUGGCAGAGUUUUGACUCCCCAACCGACACCCUUUUGCCCGGUCAACGCUUUCCGGCAGACAAGCAGCUGUUCUCUAGCAACUCAAAAGUUGAUCCCUCGACGGGAAGAUUUCGACUCAAGAUGCAGAACGACGGAAACCUGGUUCAGUACCCAAUACAAACUCCAGACACAGGCGCAUACGCCUAUUGGGCUUCAGGUACUUUUGGUCAAGGAAACAAUGUUAGCUUAAAUUUUAAUAGUGAUGGCCGUCUCUACUUGCUCAAUACCACCGGCUUCAAUAUAAAGAAUGUUACCGUUGGUGGAUUCCCUACAACCAGGACGACCGUCUAUCGCAUGACAGUCGACUUCGAUGGGAUCUUUAGGUUGUACUCGAACAGGUUGGAUCGGAACAGCAGUUGGUCGAUCGUUUGGAAUUCAACGAGCAACCCUUGCGACCCCAAGGGUAACUGCGGCCCAAAUGCGUUUUGCAUUCUCAUGGAUCAAAGAGCUGCCUGCAAUUGUCUUCCUGGUUUCGAUUAUGUGGACAAGGAGCAACAGAGUUUGGGCUGCAAGAGGAUUUCUAGCGCAGAGAAUUGCGGAGACCAGAACAAACACAUCAAAUUCGACAUGGUUCCGCUGGACCGUACCACAUGGGAAAACGAUCCAUAUUUGACUUUGUCGUCUAUAACCAACCAAGAAGAUUGCAGAGUUGCCUGUUUGGAGGACUGCAACUGCGAGGCUGCAGUAUUUGGAGACCAAGGAUGCAGCAAACAAAAGCUUCCGUUGAGAUAUGGGAGAAGAAAUCUAGAUGAGUCUGCUAUUGUUUUUGUCAAGGUGGGCACCGAAGGAACAACCUCAAUCACAAAUGGGACCUCCGCUGUAGCACUCAAAGAAAACAAGAACGAGACAAGGAAGGUCAUUCUGAUAAUCAGUGUCGUAUUUUUCACCUGUGCGAUUGUUGUUCUAGUGCUAUCUGCUGUUCUUAUUCACAGGCAUCGCGUCUGGGCGUAUAAAAAGAUCUCAACUCAAGGGACUACUCCAUUAGGAGUACCCGAGGAGAUUGCCCUACGAUCAUUUACUUACAGCGAGCUUGAGAAAGUAACAUGGAGUUUUAAGGAAAAAAUAGGAAGGGGAUCCUUCGGCACAGUUUUUAAAGGAAGCUUACCAAGUGGACAGUGCCAAAGGAUUGUGGCAGUCAAGAGACUAGAGAAAGUGGUGGAUGGAGAGCAAGAGUUCCAAACUGAGAUGAAGGCGAUUGGAAGAACUCAUCACAGAAACCUGGUUCGACUGCUGGGUUACUGCAACGAUGGCCCUAAUAGGCUCCUGGUAUACGAGUACAUGAGCAAUGGAUCACUUGCAGACUUCCUGUUUAUUAGAUCCGAAGGUCGACCAAGCUGGGACCAGAGAGUGGGAAUUGCAGUGAACAUAGCUAGAGGCAUUCUGUAUUUACACGAAGAAUGCGAGACCCAGAUCAUCCACUGUGAUAUAAAGCCUCAAAACAUACUUAUGGAUGAAUAUCAGUGUCCAAAGAUUGCCGACUUUGGAUUGGCAAAACUGUUGAAGCCGGAUCAAAGUGGAACCUUCACGUCGAUCAGAGGGACAAGAGGGUACGUGGCACCAGAGUGGCACCGAAAGUUGCCCAUUACAGUGAAGGCAGAUGUGUACAGCUUUGGAAUUGUGUUGCUGGAGAUAGUAUGUUGUCGUCGGAGUGUGGAUAACGAUAAUUCAGGGGAGGAAGCUAUACUUGUAGAUUGGGCCUACGACUGUUUCAAGGGCGGUGAGCUGCAUAAGCUGAUGCGCAAUGAAGAAGAGGUAGUGGACAAGAGAAAAUUUGAAAGAAUGAUUAGGGUGGGGCUGUGGUGCAUCCAGGACGAACCAUCGCUUCGUCCCUCCAUGAAGAAGGUAGUAUUGAUGCUGGAAGGCACUGUUGACAUACCAAUUCCUCCUUGUCCAUCGUCCUUUCUGAGUGCUGCCAUCUAGCCCAUUUCAAAGUUUGGUGAAUUAAUCAAGCCUUGACCCAAAUGAAAUCAAGGUUUUAGGCUUCUGAUUCUUUUAACAACCAACCGUUGAAUUGAUAAAUUGAUCGAUUGAUCAGACUAGUGAUGAGCCACUAGCUCAUUAAUGCAGUCUUCUCUCCUAAUUGCAUGGUUAA